AUGAGCUCCUGCCACACACCAGAGAGCCUGACCAAACAUGAGAGGCGUGGAAGGUUAACAACAAUUCCCUCUGCAUGGGAGAUUGGCGCCUCUUUCUCCCCAGGAUUCGGUAUCUCAAACGAUGACCAACUAGUUUGUUUUCGAAACAGUGUAUUUGUAGCAUUGUUACAUAUGCCCGUCAUGUACUACUGGCUUUGUGAACACAACCACAGCCUAGAUGAUCCAGCCCGUCAUAAAUGUGUUACCUGUAUCUUGAGUGUCUUCGGUAUGACAUACUGGACAGACGCCAAACUUAAAAACCACCAAAGGGGUUUGAACCGUCUAAUGAGUCACUACGUGUGGUCUACUUGCAAAAUCACUUUCUGGAAAGAGCGCGAAGGCGUUCAACAAGACGCCGAAGAAUUCCUACAAUAUCUUCUUUCCCACCUUUCCAAUGACCCUUUAGGCCCAGAGAGAUCCCACCAAGAGCUCUUGCAGCAUAUGUUCUACACUGUUAUUAAGUACCGCGAGGAGUGCACCAUGUGUAAGCAUGUGUCAUUCCCAGAAAAAUACAGUGAUAGUGUUCUCCGCGUCCAUAUCCCUGAUUCUGGGUCGCCAACACUGCCUCAGGCGCUGGUGCAGACUAUGGGCGUUCCCGAUGCAUCUUAUAAGUGCGGCAGCUGCUUCUCAAAUGCGAAGCCUACUCGCCGUGGGUACAUCAGGGACGCUCCUGAAAUCCUCGUUAUUGCGUUAAAUAGGCAUGGAAAUCAUACCGGCACCCGACGAACGAAUAAAGUGACUUACGAAGAACAUAUGGACCUUACAGAAUUACUCGAACCCUAUGCCCGAGAAAAAGGCGAAUCCUUGACUUAUAAGCUGUAUUCCGUCAUUUUUCAUAUAGGUACAAGUUCUGAGCGAGGUCAUUAUAUCACCGUUGCUAGGUCACCGACGGACCAAUGGUCAUAUAUAGACGACGAAGAAAUACACAGCGCAAACGUCCAAGAUGCGCUCGGAAACGAUUCGAGGCAUUCUAAGCUAGCAAUACCAUACCUCUUGUUUUAUGCUCGCACUCCCUUCAACUCCACAGUCCCCAGGCGAAUACCUAUUGAUCCAAAUUUUUUUAAGCCAAAGCCUCUUGAGCCAAAACCUCUUGCCAAUGACAGCUCGUACAAUGAGAAAUUACCAACCGUUCCAGAAGUUUCCAUAGAAAAGUCAACCGGUCAAGCCAGUAAGCCGGACGAUGAAAACAAACGAACCAUGACGACCCAAACUCUCAAUAAAAUCGAGUCGAAUGUGGAGGUAGAGGCCAGUAUUUCAUUUCCAGCCGCGGGAGAGAGUAACCACCCGGAAGUAGGAGAUUCUCCUACAGAAGAGGCAGCAGUCUCGCCGUCCCUUUCAGCGCGAUGGGAAGGCCAACCUGCGGAAGUUAUUAUCAAAGUCAUAAUGGGUGAUAUUGUUUUGGAGGGUAAGAUGAAAGGAGUGCUGAGAAGAAGCCGGGGCCGGCCAGAUCAACCCACUAACACCAAGGGCUCAGUGCCCCCGGAAAAGCCAGAAGGUGUAAAAAAGAACAGAAAACCGCCAGGUCGCAAAUGCAAGGCAACAGCCAAAGUAGAUACCAUAAAAUAA